GUCGCGAGCUCGCUCUCGCAACAAUAACAGCCAUAACGGUGGUACUAGUGACCCUGUAGAGCUACAUUGGAUACGAAUAUUGCGACAAUGGAUUCAGCAACUCGUUUAUUAGCUCAGAAGCGGAAGAAACGCGUGGCCGCCGCCUGUGACUUUUGUCGGCGGAGGAAGCUGGGGUGCGACAACAUCUCGCCGCGAUGCGGAAACUGCCAGUCUUAUGAGAAGCAGUGUACCUACACAGCGAGAGUUAGGCAAGCAAGGCCCUCCAAUUCUCGGAUUAGACAGCUAGAAGAAGAGAAUGCAAGACUGCGCCGACUGUCUCAAGGGUCUGGACGACAGAGCGCUGAGCGACCAUUUGACUGGGAGAGCGUGCAGCACGUUCCAGCUGCCGCUAAUGUACCGACUUGUUCUCGGCGGGAUGAUUUGGUCGAGGAAACGGUAACUGUUGUCGAUGAGCCAGGUUUGGCAGCUCCAGUCCGGCGGGAUUACCGUCGAUACUCCAAUCACAGGGUGUCCCACCAUGAUGGCUCACAACCUGAUCAAGAGAGUCGAUUCCACGGCCCAUCGAGCGCGAUGUUUGACGAGACUUGCCCAGUAAAUGCGAUCGUGGUCGGAUCUGACGUGGCAAAGGUUGACUAUAGAAAGUGCCAGCUCCUAGCCGAAACAACAAGACAGAGACAAAUGGAGAUGAUCAAUAUAAGCUCGGGGAAACUGGACUUUGAUGGGGUGGAGCCUGAAAUAGGAUUGAAAUUACUAACAAUCUUCUGGAACCGUCAACAUCAUUCUGGCUCGAUUGUCUAUCGGCCCGCCUUUCUGAGAGACAUGGCGUGCAAUGGGCCAUCGUUCUCCAAGCUACUUCUCAAUGCAAUCUACUUCUCUGCGUCGGACUACCUCUCCCGGGCAGCGGCAUCAGGCUUGGAGGGAACCAUAGCCGCCCGAUGCCAUGCUGCGGACAACUGCAGCAUGGGAUUCGAAUUUCGGCGCAAGUUUGAGGAUUACCUGCAUGACCCGGAGACGAAGCUGCUGUUCAAGAGCCAGGUAACCACAAUUCAAGCUCUUCUGCUCGUUUCAGAUACGUUGUUCUCCUGGUGUGACGAGAAAAGCCUUUCCUGGCAUUACUCGGGUAUAGCGGUCAACAUGAUCAUGGACCUCGGCCUUCACACAGAGGGCCACGAUGAAAAGGCCACUUGGUCUCGCCCAGCCGGUGAACUGGAGACCCAUCGACGACUCUUCUGGUCUGCCUUUGCAACCGAUAAGCUCCAGUCGGUGUAUCAAGGGCGGCCCGCGCGUCUGCGAGAACAUGACAACAGUGUACCAAUACAGUUUCUAGAUGAGUUUGAGGAGCUUGAGCCCUUUAGCACAGUUGGCUACGCUGCAGAGCCUACAGCGCUUGGCUGCCCGGGGUAUGGCGUGUCUACGUUUGAACAACUUUGCAAGCUGAGUGUCAUCAUGGAUCGCGUUCUUUUCAAUAUGUACGCGGAGAGCAGCGCUCGGAAAGAUCCCAAUGACCUUUUUCGCACGUCCGACUCUCUGGAUGAGGAUUUGAAGGCCUGGAGAAAAGGCCUACCGACACAUCUCGCUGGCCUAUUAGAAGGUACUGAGAACGCGCCAGUUCUACCCCAUACAAUCUCGUUGCUGGCACUAUACAAUUCGGUUAUCACGUUACUGCAUCGACCAUUCGUAUCUGACGGCCACCUUCGCGUGGCCGGCCAGCCACGGGCGAGCGAGUCUUUCGCCGUCUGUGCCGCUGCAGCCUCGAGUACGGACGCUCUGCUACGGCAGUACACCGACAGGUUCUGUGUGAAAGCUGCGCCAUACGCACUGUCCUAUGCAGUUUACGUCAGUGCGACCAUCCACCUGCGCAUAGCAGCACAGAGACCCCCUGGAUCCGAGGCCCACAACAGCCUACGUAACUGUCUGGACUUUCUUCAUGAGCAUCAGAUCAUGUGCCACGCAUCCGGGCGCAGCCUUAAGAUCCUCAAAGACCUCAUGAGGCGAUUGAAAGUAGAUGACUGCGUCCUGACACAAGCUACGCAUUCCACCGAUGCCGAUAAUAUCAGUGGAGGUGGCAGUUGCGGUGACACCCCCCUGGCGCCGGCUGGCGCACAAGCGGCCAUGGCUGCGGAUGGCGCCUCCUCAUCUGGCUUUGACAUUGAUCCGAUUAUGAGGAGCUUUGACGCUGCUCCGCAACUGGCCGGCGCCUACAGCAACCCGGGUGCUUUGGGCGGGAACUCACCAGUGUUUGAUGACGAUUUCUAUGGGACUUUGCAGAGCUUUGACAUGUUUCCCUCGUUUGACACUCUCUUUGGACUCGACAUGUAGAUAGUACGAGGCACAGGUACGGCGCUGCGGCCUCUAGAUUGGUACAUGAUAGUUCAAUACGCAUCAA